AGUUAAUAAAUCGCUGCAAAGUGCAAUCCAACGCACUCCAAAUAGGUAUCUAAAUAAAAAUUGAUCAUACGCUGGACCUGGAGCAAAUAUUAUUGAAUUUUGUAACAGCUCCUUUUUUUAGCGUACACGAAUGUGCAUUGCAGUUGUUGCAUUAUAUUCAUUUGCGCACUAAAGCAUAGCGUGAAGCGCUGAAUACGCCACGAAUCCGUUGUCCAUAAACGGAUAAACCAUUAACUUGAUUUCCGAUGAACGAUAUCCGUGAUUGUGCCAGUCGGGAACCGCCACUGACGUCGGCGCUCACCGACGAGCCGGACGGCCGCGAAUCUCCGGAGAUCGCCGCGCCACCGGUAGGACCGGUAUCGAUGGUGCCGCCUCAUGCGACUCGUAAUGCCGGACGUCGCCGGCCAGCCGCCACGCCCCGGAAGCGCCGGACCCGGCGAAAGGCUGCCGUGAACGAUGCGCAACGUGCGACCACCGACAGCGUGUUUGAGGAGGAUAGCCACGGUAUGGCCACUGUACGCGGCGUGGUACGCGGCGUGGGACUGCAGCUGCGCGACGCCCAUGAGCAGGGGACACUGUCCUCUGGCAAAGGCAUCAACAUGUAUUUUACCCCAAAAACUGCCGACGCCCGGGAAGACAUCAUUCAGUUGUUCGACGACAACGUCAGUCUGGCGGAGAUAGCGCGUCGGGUGAAGCUUUGUGUUACAACCGUGUCGCAUGUGCUUUUGUCCGCGGGGAGAAGUGCUAAGGACCGCAAAAUUCAUAGAAACGGCAGGCGAAAGAAGGGUCAAACGAACCGACGUCCCCUUGCACGACCGAUCGCAGUGGAGCAGGACACCGGCUUGACACUGCCGGACACCGGCGGAUGGCCGUUGAUUUCGGACGAAAUGCCCACUGUGCGAGAUUCCGGGAAAGUCCCUGUCCACGUACGAAGCCGCCGUUCGCAAAGCCACAAAACAAAAGAAAAACGCAAACUGCCAUCUGGGAAGAAGCGUAAACGUCCAGCCAGAGAUCCCAUUGCAGAGGUCAUUGUCCAGCCUCACAUCGAAGCGGAUACGUGGAACACUGCCACUGCCGCUUUCAACGCAGCCUGUCCCGAAUCCGCACUACGCGCUGAUGGGGCCAGUCAGCCGCCGAACGUGGCGGUCAUCGGGUGCCAUGGAUCGGCCUGGGACAGUCAGUACCACUGCGAGGUCUGCCUCUUCUACACGACCGCCGAGACCUCCUUCAUCGGUCACCUGCUGUCGGGGCCGCACCAGCAGAGGACCUCCGGCGCGCUGCUGGUGUGCACGAACUGCAAACUGAAAACCCACAGACGGGACAGAAUGCUCCACCACUGCAUCACGCAUCGGCCGGGAUGUUGGCAGUUGCAACCAGCAUUGCUACGCUUGGCCGCACAUCCAUGACGUCAUGCAGCGAAAUGUUUGAGGUGUCUAAAUCGAUUAAGUACUAAUAUAGCUUUACCACUACUUCUAUCGACGAUCGUCGACCGCUUAAGCAGGAUAUGUGGUUGUUCGUUCCGCGGCCCACGGGUUUCUUAGGGUCUAGCCCGAUGUCGGUACGCUGGCUUGUCGAGGAAUACUAGAGUAUUGUUACUCAGUGGUGAUUUAUAUUUCUUUGUUAUCUUUGUCUUUGUUGUCUUUAUACUUAUUCCUUUGAUAUGUGUUCAUUAAUGUUUUUAUAUUUGUUUCCCUAUUGUCUAAUAUUUCCAUCGUAUUAAUGCACUGCCAUGCCCGGCAGCGUUUUUACUACUUCUCUGUGAGAAUAUUGUGGGCCGGCUGUUGUCUGACUGUCCGCCUACA